AUUUUUUAGAUUAAAGUUAUGGGAAGUCUAUUUUCAAAAAAAGAAAACAAAGUCAAUAGAAUAACAGAACAAGAUAAAGCAAUUUUAUCACUAAAACAGCAAAGAGAUAAAUUAAAGCAAUAUCAAAAAAAGAUUAAUUUAAAUUUGGAAAAAGAAAAAGAAAUUGCAAAAAAGCUGCUUAUGGAUGGCAAAAAAGAAAAAGCAAAGCUGAUGUUAAAAAAAAAGCGGUAUCAAGAAAAUUUGCUUCAAAAAACUGACAGUCAGUUAGAGAAUAUUGAUAAAAUGGUUCAUGAGGUAGAGUUCUCUCUAAUUCAAAUCAAGGUUGCAGAAGGCUUGAAGCAGGGAAAUGAGGCUCUUAAAAAGUUGCAUGAAAUGAUGUCUCUAGAAGAUGUUGAAAAAAUCAUGGAUGAUACCAAAGAAGCUGUUGAGUAUCAAAAUGAAAUAAAUGCUCUUAUUGGUGGUGUGUUGUCAGAAGAAGAUGAAAAUGAAAUUUUAGCUGAACUUAAUGAGCUUGACAAGAUCAAUGAGUUGCCAUCAGUUCCUAAGCAUGAGUUAACAGAAAUUGUGAAUUUAGAUUCGGUUAUCACAAAGCAAGACACAGCUCGUAAAGUUAAAGCAAAAGAAACACCCGUCGCGGCUUCAUAAAGAAA